UUCGUCUGAUGGCCUCGGAGGACGCUGCUUCGUAAUUGUCAUAAUUCCCACAGCACGUAAAGGCAACAGCACGCCUGAUUACAAAAACACUCACUGAGCGAUUGAACAUCACACUGAGAGGAGGAAACAUGGCUGCGCUUUUCAAAGCAAGGAGAGCUCUUGGCUUGUGUCUCAGUGGUUGUCGAAGUCUGACUCAGCUGGCGGAGCUGCCAGAGACCCAUCAGAUUCUGCGACAGACCUGCAGAGACUACGCCGACAGGGAACUGAUCCCCAUCGCUGGCAAACUAGACAAAGAGCAUUCUUACCCUGCCAAACAGAUUCAGGAGCUGGGGGCGAUGGGGGUGAUGGCCAUGGAGGUACCCGAGGAGCUGGGUGGAGCUGGGAUGGACUAUCUGGCGUACUCUGUGGCGAUGGAGGAAAUCAGCAGAGGCUGCGCCAGCACUGGAGUCGUGGUCUCCGUUAACAACUCUCUCUACAUUGGACCAGUCCUGAAGUUUGGCACAGAAGAACAAAAACAGCAGUGGAUCACGCCGUUCACCAGCGGAGAGAAGGUGGGCUGUUUCGCCCUCAGCGAGCCAGGUAAUGGCAGCGAUGCGGGCGCAGCCUCCACCACAGCGCGUCAGGAGGGGGAUGAGUGGGUGCUGAACGGAACCAAAGCCUGGAUCACCAACAGCUGGGACGCCUCAGCCACCGUCGUGUUCGCCACCACAGACAGGAAGCUCAAACACAAGGGUAUCAGUGCCUUCCUGGUCCCCAUGCCACACCCAGGGCUUUCUCUGGGGAAGAAGGAAGAUAAGCUGGGCAUCAGAGCCUCGUCCACUGCUAACAUCAUCCUGGAGGACUGCAGGGUCCCGCUGGCCAGCAUGCUGGGCCCUCGCGGUGCCGGAUUCAAGAUCGCCAUGCAAACCCUUGACAGCGGACGCAUCGGCAUCGCCUCUCAGGCACUGGGUAUCGCUCAGGCGUCCCUGGACUGUGCUGCAGACUACGCACACAAACGCAGCGCAUUCGGAGCCCCCAUCAGCAAGCUGCAGGCCAUACAGUUCAAACUGGCCGACAUGGCUGUGGCGAUAGAGGGCGCCCGCCUGCUCACCUGGAAGGCUGCGCUUCUCCGAGACUCAAAGAAACCCUUCACCAAGGAAGCCGCCAUGGCCAAACUAGCAGCGUCUGAAGCCGCCACGUACUGCUCCCAUCAGGCGAUCCAGGUUCUGGGCGGGAUGGGUUACGUGUCGGACAUGCCGGCCGAGCGGCACUACCGCGACGCUCGCAUCACGGAGAUCUACGAGGGCACCAGUGAGAUCCAGAGGCUGGUUAUUGCCAGUCAGGUACUGAAGGAAUACCAGUCAUAGACUCGCUGAUUGGUACAGUAUGGACGUAUGAUCACAGAUCUGGAAUCGGAUUCACAUCAGAAAAUAAGGACUUUAAUAUGAGACAAUUCAGAACUCCAUAAGUGAUUCACGUGAUUUUUAUGGCUUCGUUUACCUCCAUUUGUCUUCUACACUGUAAGAUAAAUAACCUCGAACUCCGCUGCCUUAAGAGGACGUCGGCGUGCUGCCAGUUUAAAGGGUCAUUUUACCUGUGACACCUCUGCUGACGGCCAACGUGUCAAAGAGCCAGCUGAUUAAUGUAUCGAAAGCUGAUGUUUAGAGGUGACGUUUAACCAAAUUGUUCUGGUUCGUAAGUAGAAACAGAAGACAGAAACGAGACUGGUGGGCAGACGUCGCACAGCGCCCUCUAGAGGCUUUAACCUGCACACCUGGAGUUCCGCUGAACAUCUGAGCUGUUUAAACGCCCAAUAAUCUGUGUAGAAGUCGUGGAAGGAAGACGAUUUGUUUUGUGAUGGUAAAGUAACAACAACAUCAGCAGUUCAGCAUUAGUUUAUCUUCAUCAGAACAUGACAGAGCGACAGGAGCGUUACCUUGUCAACACACCGUGUUUUGAGUGAAUUGAGCCUUUAUGAUCUGUUUGUCCUGACUGUCUCCCAGUCUUCCGUUUGUUUGACCAGCAGAGGGCGACGCUGUGCCUUCACUGGUCCUGACCCACUUCAGCUUCACACAUGGUUCCACACUCGUUAACUAAACGUACGCACACACAGUGACACUCAGGUGAUGCUCUGGAUGACAGUUUAUAAUAAUAUAAAUAAAAUCUAAAGAAAGUCAAAGCAGUUUGGGUUUGAAAACACUGACCGGCUGGAAUGAAACACAUUCUGUUUCUUUGUUUGUGUCGGAUCUCUCGGACCUCUCGUGCCUCAAUAUUUUGUACAUAUUUUACUGUAAUUUAUUGUGUGCAGAUGACAAUAAAAACACAAUGAAAGUA